CUCCUAAUAAAAGUGAAAUGACUGCUAAAAAUAACAUUUAUAUCAACCUGUGGAGAAUGUUUAGUGACCGUACCUAAAAAYGUUCCCAUUUUUUUCUCAAUUUUCUUAUAAUUUUGAGUCACAAACCAGUGUCUAACAGCUGCAGCAGUAAUCCGUCGACUCCAUGAGGUGUUCAGGAGUACACAAAGCUCUCAGGGGUUACAGAAAGAUGGUGUAGUUUCCAAGACACGCAUUAAGGGUUUACAAUUUGAUAAACACCGCGUGCUGUUUUGAUUUAUUCAGUGUCUUCUACUCACUGCCUGCUGCCUGCAACUCCUCUAAUCUCUGCUUGUUUCUAACGAGAUGCACUCACUCAGGACUGUGUGGGUGGGCUCCGGCUCAGAAACGGACGCUUGGCGUGUACAACAUGGCAGAUUAAUGGGCUGCUCACGUGGUGGGUGUGCAGUGCAAGGACUAAUUUGCAUGAUUUGCCUUUUGAUUGCCGUCUGGAUUCAGACCCAGUAAAAAGAAGGAAAAAAGGUGCAGACUUUAACAAUGAAAGAGUCACGUUUGAUGUGUUGCCCUGCUGUUCUCUUGUUGACAUCUUUCCACUAUAACUCCUCUGUCUUCACGUGUAGGACCUAACCGCAGAGCUUCAGACAGAUGUGCCACAGCAUGACCUCAUGCCUGUCCAAGAUGCUCCACUGUUCACUCCACCGGUCAAAGCUAAAACAUCUGCAGUUUAUGGUYCUGAGAGAGAUGAAAGGAAAAAAGCAACUUUUGCAAUUAAAAUCAACGUAGAGCUCAACAAAAAAACAGGCAAAAGCCAAGUGCUUUCCACAGAGGCUGUGAGUCCAGAAUUCAUCCCAGAGAGAGGGCUGAAGGUGUUCGAUGAUGGCCACAAAUCUGUGUUUGCACUGCAGUCUGAGAGGGACCAAACAGCCGACUGUGCAGUGAGAGACAUGACACAGACUGAGGUGGAGGAACUUCUGAAUGAGGCCACAGAGGAAAAGGUGCACACUGAGGUGCACUACCAUCAGCCUGUCUACUCUGAACCCUACAUGGGAACCAGACCAUCGACACCAGGGACACCAUCGCAAACGCAACUCAAAGAAAAAAUUGCUGCGGAAAACCAGAAUCUUCCCAUAAAAAUCCAACAAGCUUCCAGUUCCGGUGCUCAUACUCAGGAUGCAAAUGACAGUCUGCUCCAUUUUAAUACUUCAGGACAGUUGAAGAAUGAAAAGAAACUUCUUCCAUGGUCAAACUUUGGUGCUAAAACGCCAACGUUUACCAACAGGAAACCUGAUCCAUCUCCUGUCCCAUUUACAGUCAGAUCUGAAGGCACACCUGCACCCAUUCAACCAGUUUACAAGACUUCAGACAGAUUCAAUCCACGUUUAGUYGGCAACAAAUCUGAAGGUCAUUCCUGCGCUUUAACAGAAAGCCUGGCUGAUUUGAACAGACCCAUCUGUACAGAGAACGUUGCCUCUGUUAACCACGUCCUGCCACAUGAAGCCAAACCAGAAUCCAUCACAAUGAUCUUCAUGGGCUAUGAGAACGCCGCGGACGAAGAGGAAGACAUUCAAGCCGAGCUGCUUGUGAUAAGUAACAGUGAGGACGAAGACGAUGCUGGCAGCUGGGGCCRAGAGGAACACGUGUCGUUCCACCCGGAGGGAUGCAAGAGCAAAGUCUUCCAACCMGAAGUGGGUAGAGCCGAGGUUACAGGUGGGGAAGACGUCACAGAAGGAGCCUACCUGCCAAMCUGGGAGGAGCUAAAGCUUCACAAGCCCACGUUCACUCACAAGACAGGAAGACAAGGUUGUUAUCUACAGAGGCGGAGCCAGAGGGAGCCUGCAAACACCUGCAGCAACACAACGAACAAGAUCUGUUCAACUAUAUGAUGAAACAAAAACAGCAGGACAAAUUAUUUUCUUUCUUUCUUUCUUUCUUUCUUUCUUUCUUUCUUUCUUUCUUCCUUCCUUCCUUCCUUCCUUCCUUCCUUCCUUCCUUCCUUCCUUCCGGUCUUUUUUGCCUUUUCAGAUGAUAAAGACUCUCCUGCCACCCUCUGGUGAAACUGUAAAACUCUUAUUAGACCCAGUCUGUUAAAUGGAGCCUGUGUGUUUUUCUGUUAACUCCUCCUGAGUCGUUGCCCAAUAAGAAUAAGCCCAUGAGGAUUUAAAAACCAACCAACUUUUGGAAAUAUGAUUGUUAGUGGGUAUCCUCUCUGUUAAAAUCAGAAUUUUAGUGAGGAAUUUAUGAAUCAAAUGAAUUCAUCAUUUGAAACUUCAUCACGUGGCCUUUUGCUUAGUUUCAUUUUCUUGUGAACAUUUUCUCACACUGAGAACAUGUUUGAAUUUAAACAAUUUGAAAAAAAUCUUGAAUUUUUAUUACAAUCCGUGAUUUAUGGCAGAGUUUCUAACUUUAGUCUUUUAGUCUCACAGCUGUACAGCAGUCCUGUUGUUGGUAUAUUAUUAAGUUCUGAUUUGUUUGAAUUAAGUGUUUUGAUGUAUAAAAACAAUGAAUACAAGCAGGACAUUUGGCUUCAUGUACCAGUGUACUGUUGAUUAAGAAAGUUUCAGAUCUGUGAGGAUCUUUGUCAAGUUUCCUUAAAUUUAUGGUUAUUUUAUGAAACUGUUUGUUGCCAUUUAGAAACUUAAUAAAGUAUAGAUCUUUCUAGGGCCUAUUUUUAACUCCAGUUAUAAAUAUUUUAAUCUUAUAUUUGUUUGAAAACUGCUACUUUGUAAAAUUAACUUUUGUGCUUUUACUUUGAAAUAAAAGGUCUGUUUACCUGCUUA